CAGAUUCAAUAAAACAAUAAUGAUCGCAUUAGAACUGUUCUUCAUUCUACUUCUAACAGAUGUCUGUGAUGCUGCAAAGCGUGGCAGAGGGUGCGGUUGCAAGCAUGUGUUAGGACACACAAUUCAACACAGAAUUUGUAAAGAGAAGUGUCGACUGAGAAGACAUUACUUGUUCGAUUGGCCUAAGAAUUCUCCGAUAAACUCGACAAAAGAUCCUAAGUGUGAGAAAUGUGAAAACCAACCGGGAGAACGGCGGCGUAUUUGCGAGGUUAAUUUUUGUGGAUCGAGAAACUAACUCCUUAUGGAUACAUAGAUAGCAAAAUGCAGAAAUUUGGAUAUAAGGAUAUGCGAGUACCCGCCUACCUCUACUUAAAAAAAUUUGAUCGCUUUUUGUAGCAAUAAAGUCAUUGGUCCC